CCUCAUAGCCAGGGAGCCCCUCGGGCCGCACGGACGGAGCCAUGGAGCGGGGCAGAGCUGCCGUGGCCGCGGGACCCACCGUGCUGGCCGCCCUCGCCCUCCUGUGCACUGUGGCCUGGAGUGCCGACACCUGUCCAGAGGUGAAGGUGCUGGGUCUGGAGGGCUCCGACAAGCUGACCAUCCUCCGAGGCUGCCCGGGGCUGCCUGGGGACACGGGUCCCAAGGGAGAGAGAGGAGCUUCCGGUCCCCCCGGACCCCCUGGGAAGGCAGGACCACCUGGACCCAAAGGAGAGCCGGGGUCGCCGCCUUCCUGCGACACAGCACCCCGGACCUGCAAGGACCUGCUCACGGGGGAGCGCCUGCUGAGCGGCUGGCACACCAUCUACCUGCCCGACUGCCGGCCCCUGACCGUGCUGUGUGACAUGGACACGGACGGCGGGGGCUGGACCGUUUUUCAGCGAAGGAGCGACGGCUCCGUGGACUUCUUUCGCGACUGGGCCGCGUAUAAGCGAGGCUUUGGCAGUCAGCUGGGGGAGUUCUGGCUGGGAAAUGACAACAUCCACGCCCUGACCGCCCAGGGAACCAGCGAGCUCCGGGUCGACCUGGUGGACUUCAAUGGCAACCACCACUUUGCCAAGUACAGCUCGUUCAAGAUGGCGGGCGAGGCCGACAAGUACAAGCUGGUCCUGGGGGACUUCGUCGGGGGCAGCGCAGGCGAUUCCCUGUCCCUCCACAACAGCCACCCCUUCUCCACCAAAGACCAGGACAACGACUCAAGUUCUGAGAACUGCGCUCAGCAGUACCAGGGGGCCUGGUGGUAUGACAAAUGUCACCAGUCGAACCUCAACGGGCGCUACCUCGGGGGCUCUCACAGCAGCUUUGCCAACGGCAUCAACUGGUAUUCGGGGAAAGGGUACAACUACAGCUACAAGGUGUCAGAGAUGAAGAUACGGCUCACCUAGCACGGCGCCGGCAGCCCCCCGGCCGGGGUCCCGCCACACCCACACGGCGGCCGAAGGGACAGCUGGUCUGGAGCCCGCAGGCCUGGAGCUCGGGCUCAGGGACGCACCUCCCUCGCAGGACCCUCUGCUUUGUGCUUUUCCAGGACUCCGGUGCCUGGCCUCCCUCCGCAGGGGCGCGAGGACGGGACCCACCGGCUCCCAGCAGCCUCGCGUCUCCUCAAUAAAGCCUUUGCUUCCUCGCUCCGCACACUGGGGUCCCACGGCCACCUGUGUUGCGCCCACCACCG